AAUGUGAUUGUUGUUAGUAGGUAAUAUUAUUGCAAAAAAAAAUUUUUAAAUAUAUCCGAAGUAAAUUAUAAACUCUUCAGUUGGAGCUCGACAACCAACAGUUGCGGAUCUUCUGAAAUUUAAAUUUUUAAAAAAUAUACAUAGAAAAUAGUGAAAAUAUAAACAAGACAAAAUAAAUCAUGAUAAUUUGUACUUUUUGAAUAAAAAAAAUAUUUUUAAAAAAUAACUUGUGCUAACUAAUGAUUUUAUGUGAUUUUAAUAAAAAAAAAUAAAAAUUAUCGAUUUUAUGUAAAAAAAAAAUUAAAUAAAAAAAUAAACAAAAAAUGGUAUUUAAAAAACAAGUAAAAAGUGAUAACGAUGCCCAUAACGGUGACAUCCAAGGCAACUAUAACCCCGCUUACGAGACCACUGACGAGGAAUUCCAUCAGAACAAACCCGAUAACAAUGCCAAGAAAAUCAUAACGAUUGACGUUGAGAAAGGAGUUGCUCGUGUUGAAGUAAAUAACGAUGUCAAUGCCACCGAAACUCCCGCUCACGACAUUUCAGAGAUUGAGAAACACACAAAGGACCACAAACGACCCACGUGGGGUAAUGGCGUGGAAUUUCUGAUGUCCUGCAUUUCCUUGAGUGUCGGCAUCGGAAAUAUCUGGCGAUUUCCCUUCACGGCGUACGAAAAUGGCGGCGGUGCGUUCGUUAUUCCUUAUUUGAUUGUCCUCGUGGUGAUCGGACGUCCCAUGUACUAUCUCGAGAUGGCGAUUGGGCAAUUUGUGAGUAAAGGUCACGUCAAAAUCUGGGAAUUGGCGCCUUUUAUGAAGGGAAUCGGCAUUGGACAGACGAUUUGUUUGUGUUUUAUCGUUUCGUACUACGCCGUCAUCCUUGCGAUUGCCUUUCAUUACUUGGUGGCGUCAUUUUCGACAACUUUGCCAUGGGCCACGUGUCUUCCGGAGUGGGGCUCGAACUGUGUGGACUCUGUCGUGAACAAAUCCACGAUGGCGCUUGAUGCAUUGACGACUAAUGCGACAGAUGAUCGCGUUUCGAGCUCGGAAUUGUACUUUAAUCGGGAAGUUUUGCACGAAAAAGACUCGAUUGUGGAUGGAAUUGGCUUGCCGAGUCUCUCGUUGACUUUUUAUCUCUUCAUUUCGUGGACGCUGGUGUUCCUCGUGAUGGUAAAAGGCGUCAAAUCAUCCGGAAAAGCGUCAUAUUUCCUCGCAUUGUUCCCGUACGUGAUUCUUUUUACGUUACUUGCGAAGGCAAUCACUCUCGACGGUGCCUGGGACGGCAUUAAAUUCUUCUUGACACCUCAGUGGGACCAAUUAGUAGAGCCAAGGGUAUGGCGCAAGGCAGUUGAACAGUGUUUCUUCUCGUUAUCUGUCGCACUUGGACCGAUUUUCAUGUUUUCCUCGUACAAUCGCUUCGAUCACAACAUUUAUCGCGAUGCAGCGAUCGUUUCUAUCAUGGAUACCUUCACGAGUCUUUUGGCGGGCAUCACAGUUUUUGGGAUUUUGGGCUCCUUGGCGGCGACGACGGGAAAAGAAAUUAAAAAUGUCAUUAAAGAUGGAGCUGGAUUGGCUUUUAUCUCGUAUCCGGAUGCAAUUGCCAAGUUUGAACAUGUGCCGCAAUUUUUCUCCGUGCUGUUUUUUGUGAUGUUGCUCACUUUGGGUAUCGGGAGUUGCGUGGGAAUGCAUGCCGCAGCGGUGACAGCAGUUUGGGACCAUUAUCCGAAACAAAAGUACUGGAAAUUCGCGUUGGGAGGAUGUAUUAUUGGAUUUUUGUCGGGAUUGGUGUACGUUACGCCGGGCGGCCAAUGGAUGCUCACUCUCGUGGAUGAAUACGGCAGCGUUUUUCUCGUCUUAGGACUUGCCAUUUUCGAAAUUGUGACAAUAAUGUGGAUUUACGGCUUGGAAAACAUCUGUUUGGACAUUGAAUUUAUGACGAAACGUCGCAUCGGCUUCUAUUGGCGCAUUUGUUGGGGCAUCAUUACACCUCUUUGCAUGAUUUUCCUCUUCGUCUAUGCUCUGAUCAAAUAUGAAAAUCCCACUUAUGCCGAUAAAUUGUUCCCUGACGAGUAUUAUGUUAUCGGUUGGUGCCUGUUCCUCAUCGGCAUAAUUCAAGUUCCCGUGUGGUUCUUCUACCUCCUGGCACACCGCUACGAGAACGAUUUGUUCGAAACGUACCUCGCUGGAUUGAAACCGUCGCCCAAAUGGGGCCCCAAAGCCUUGAACAACAAACUGGAAUGGAUGAAAUUCAAACAAGACAAACUCGAGCAACGCCGCAACUUUUGCGAGAUAAAUAAUUUUUCGCGAUUCCGGGAACGGGUUCACCUAUUGUUAGGUUUGUAAGUUCGUUAAUUUUUAAGAGAAACAGACACACGAUUGUUAAGCCACCUAUUUGAAUAAAGAAAAAAAAGAUUUUUUUGACAAUGUA